AUGCUCCAAACGACAAAGAAAGAGCUAUGCAGUCGAUUCGAGAUGACGGACCUUGGUCGGCUGAAAUACUUUUUGGGCAUGGAGAUCGAUCAAGAUGUCACCAGUGGCAAUGUCUCCAUUUGCCAAACCAAGUUUGCAGCAGAUAUACUGGAAAAGUUCAGCAUGGAGAACAGCAACCCUGUCGAGACACCGCAAGAUCGCGGACUCAAGUUAAUCAAGAACAUGUUCGAAGGGGGAUGCAACCAUGAAACACUUAUGGCACAUAUCCCGUACCUCAAUGCUUUCGGUUGCCUCAUGUAUCUCAUAAUUGAGACUCGACCGGAUCUUGCUGCCGUAGCGGGAGUUCUCAGCCAGUUUGAUUUAAAUCUGUGUCCAACACAUUGGCAGGCACUCAAGAGGGUUUUCAGAUACGUACAAGGGACGAAGACACACGGCAUUAUGUUUCAAGCCAAGGACCCAAAAGGAAUUGAAGGCUAUUCCGACGCGGACUGGGCUGGCAACAUGGACACUCGACGAAGCACAAGUGGCUAUGCUUCUUGA